UUCUCCUUCCCUCAAUAAUAUUCCCACUAUAAAUACGUUUUUGGAGCCGCUCGCUUUUCUUCCUCUUCCUUCAGAGGCCUUUUUUACUCUUUCAUUUGUGGUUUUUUUUUUUUUUUUUAAUCUUUCUUUCAAAUCCGUACUCUGAAACCUAGCGAAGGAGGUAAAAGGAAAAAAAAGGGAUAAUUUCCUCGGAAACCACACACCCCGAUUAAUUUUACCUAAAAAUCGCCGAGAAAAAAAUGCAGCACCAGAGGCUGAAGCAACAGCAACAAGCCUUGAUGCAGCAAGCUCUCCUCCAACAACAGGCUCUCUAUCACCCAGGCAUCUUAGCUCCUCAGAUAGAGCCAAUCCCAAGUGGAAAUCUGCCUCCCGGUUUUGAUCCAAGUACUUGCUGCAGUGUGUAUGUGGGAAACAUCCAUACACAAGUGACGGAACCACUACUCCAUGAGGUUUUUGCAAGUACUGGUCCUGUUGAAGGUUGCAAGCUUGUCAGAAAGGAAAAGUCAUCAUAUGGAUUCAUCCACUACUUCGAUCGCAGAUCAGCUGCUCUUGCUAUAUUGUCUCUAAAUGGAAGGCAUUUAUUUGGACAGCCUAUCAAGGUCAAUUGGGCAUAUGCUAGUGGUCAGAAAGAGGAUACAUCAGGUCACUUUAACAUUUUUGUUGGGGAUCUCAGUCCUGAGGUUACUGAUGCUAUGCUGUUUGCAUGCUUUUCUGUUUAUCCCACUUGUUCGGAUGCGAGGGUUAUGUGGGAUCAGAAAACUGGGCGUUCAAGAGGAUUUGGGUUUGUUUCAUUUCGCAACCAGCAGGAUGCACAAAGUGCAAUUAAUGACUUAAGUGGAAAGUGGCUUGGUAGUCGGCAGAUUCGUUGUAACUGGGCAACAAAGGGUGCCAGUAGCAACGAUGACAAGCAGAGCUCUGAUGCCAAAAGUGUGGUGGAACUUACCAAUGGCCCAUCAGCUUGGCAUGCAGAGGAUGGUAAAGAGACAACCAAUAAUGAGGAUCUUGAGAAUAAUCCUCAAUAUACUACUGUUUACGUCGGCAAUCUUGCUCCCGAGGUCACCCAACUUGAACUCCAUCGUCACUUCCAUGCACUUGGUGCUGGGGUGAUUGAGGAGGUUCGAGUCCAGUGUGAUAAAGGCUUUGGCUUUGUGAGAUACAGUACUCAUGCUGAGGCAGCGUUGGCUAUUCAGAUGGGGAACACUCAGUCAUUUCUGUGUGGCAAGCAAAUUAAGUGCUCCUGGGGCAGCAAGCCUACACCACCAGGGACAAGUUCAAAUCCACUUCCCCCACCUGUAGCUGCACCUUUACCUGGCCUUUCAACCGCUGACCUUUUAGCUUACGAGCGACGACUUGCCAUGAACAAAAUAGGCGGUGUUCAUGCCCUAGUGCACCCUCAGGGACAGCAUCCUCUCAAGCAAGCAGCAAUGGGAGUGGGUUCUGCUGGAGCAAGCCAGGCUAUUUAUGAUGGUGGAUUCCAGAACGUUGCUGCUGCCCAGCAGCUAAUGUACUAUCAGUAAUAAAAAUAGAGUUUGUGUGGUAAUACCCUUAUUUCCUGCAUUUGCAGGUUUUAUUUGAGUUCCAAACACAACAUUUAGGAGGCUUUUCAGUGUAUUUUCCUUUUUUUUUUUUUUUAAUCUGUGAGGUUGCACCCUGCUUUUAUCAGUACAUAUGAUUGCCUUCCAGAUUUUAUUUGAGUUCUACAAGGCCUGGAAGCUUUUUAAUGUAUUUUCUGCUAUGUAUUUCAUACGGUUGCUGUCCCAAAUCCCAAUGGAUAAUUAAAGCAUAUUUGCACCUUUCUCUUGAGUUCCACACUUACAUUUCUACUGUACUUAUAUAU